AUGAAUCUUUCGUACGCGCCUGUCAACGGAACGCCAACGGUGGCCGGUGAGAUACUGCUGUGCGAUGGUGCGUCGACCAUUCCGGAAGGGAUUGCCAGUGCCAGGUUUCAGGUGUUGGUGUGGGCGGCCUAUGCGUCUACGCUGGUCGCCUCCGUCGUCGGUAACUGUUCGGUGCUGGCAAUCGUGGCCAGCCAGCCACGCAUGCGCACCGUUACCAACCUGUUUCUGGCCAAUCUGGCACUGGGCGAUCUGCUGAUGACGCUGUUCUGUGUACCGUUCUCGUCCGUGUCGCUGUUUGUGCUGCAGUAUUGGCCGUUUGGUGCGGCCCUCUGCCAGACGGUGAACUACUUUCAGGCGGUGUCGGUGCUGGUGUCCGCGUACACGCUCGUGGCGCUCAGUGCGGAUCGGUACCGGGCAAUAAUGUGGCCGCUAAGGUCACGCCGUCGGCCGCCUCGCCGACCGGUGGCCCUGCUGCUGAUAGGCGGCGUAUGGGCAGGGGCAGCUGCAACGGCGCUGCCCAUCCCGCUGCACUCGGAGCUCGUGCAACCGAGCGCUUGGCAUGCGCACUGCGACCAGGCCGUUUGUACGGAGGUGUGGCCCGAUGCCGGUGCCGAUCGGGCCUACUCACUAACGCUAACGCUUGCCCAGUUUGCACUCCCGCUGGCCACACUCGUCUACACGUACACCUGCAUCGGGUGGCGCGUUUGGGCACGGAGCACCAACGCAAGCUUCCCGUCCGCCUCGGUACGCCAGUUUCGCCGGGCGAGAAGGCGCACCGUCCAGAUGACGCUGGCAGUCGUCGCUGCGUUCGUCAUCUGUUGGCUGCCGUUCAACGCACUGCUGCUAGCACCGCUCGACGAUCCAACCUGGGAACCGUUGCCGUACCUGUGGUUUGCCUUUCACUGGCUCGCCAUGUCCCACUGCUGCCUGAAUCCGCUCAUCUACUGCUACAUGAAUGCGAAGUUUCGGGCCGGCUUUCGGGCGCUGCUGCUGCAACCGUUCGUGCGUCUAUGCUGGCGGCCCUGCUGCUGGUGUCAACGGUGGCGUCACCGGCCCACAAUAACCACCACCAUCAGCAGCGAACCACUGCCGGUGGGAAGUGCUGAGGUCGAGCUCACAGCCCAGACAAGGCCGAAACCGUCGGCCCUGCCCGAUGGCAUCAUUUGUCCCGAGGAAGAUUGA